AUGAAGCCACAGAACGAUCUUCCACCAAAGCCAAGAGACAAAAAUUUUUACGCCACCAAGCUUCUUAGGGUGUUUGUGUGUGGCUCUUUAGUGAAGUCCUCCCGACUGGUGGAGGUGAUGCUUCGUUCGCGUAACAUCAUUCAGCCUAUCAUGUGGGCCUCGUAUUUCUUCUAUGCGGUAUUUUUCGCAAUGUGGAUCUAUACCGCCUUCCUUGUUCAGCCCAGACACCCAAACUGGAACGAGACACACAAACACCUCCUGUACGGCGCCAUCGGUGUGGUGACAGCUGCUGGCUUUCUGUGGAUCAUUGCAGUGUGGCCCGUAUAUCAUGUUUGGACCAUACCGCUGGGGGUUGUUGUGAUGGUAAUGUUCCUCGACCUUGUGGUGCUCUUUCCCUCGAGGUCGCGGAAGGCGAAGCCCUGA